UCUGGUUUGUUAUGCAAGAAGAGUAUGCCAUCAGUGGUGUAAAGUAACACAUGUUUGUAUCAAAACAAAUCAAAACAUCUCUCACUAUCUUCGCGUCCAAACAUCGUGUCUGUGACAAUGCAUUCAUCAUCGUUGGCCAACAAACUGAAACCGAGAUUAUCAUCUCUUGAAUGUCUUGUAAGACAGACAUCGAUCAGAUGGUAUCGUUUUGAUAAUCGGGUCCAACCUAAAGGUUUUUAUUGUGCGGCGGAUUACGAAAAGAAUCGACAGUUUCUCAAAAGUGAUUGCAAACUGUCAGCUGAAGAACUGAGACUUAAGAGGAAUAAGUUGUUUGACUUAGAAAAGAAAAGACAAUCAGAUUUAGUAACACGUAUUGAGAAGAUUACUGUUUCAGUUGUCAAUCCGUAUGGUAAUACCGAUGAAAGCGAAACCAUUAACUUAUUGAUGAACAAAGAUAUCUCAACGCCUUAUCAUUGCAGUCAACACAUCGACCAAAUGAUUACCAACCGAUCGGUUGUUGCCCUCAUCGAUGACAAGACCUAUUGGGACAUUCAUAGGCCACUUGUCAGUGACUGUCAACUCAGAUUCAAACACUUCAAAGAACCCAAUCCAUAUUUCGCUAAUAAAACCUAUUGGAAGAGCUGUUCAUUAUUGAUGGGAUCUGCCAUCGAGCAAGCAUUCAAAGAUACCAUUGAUAUAAAAUUGCAUUCGUGGCCAAAGCCAGACCUUAAUUCAGGAAGUUUUGUAUAUGACGUGUAUAUCGAUUUGAAAGAUUGGGUACCGAAGACUGAAGAGCUACGAGUUUUUACAGCAAUGCUUCAGAAGUUGACAUUAGAAGAUAUACCAUUUGAGAGGUUAGACGUUAACAAAGAAUUGGCAAAAGUGAUGUUUGAACACAAUUCAAUCAAAAGCCAACAAAUUGAUUCAAUGGCUGACACCAAUGGAUCAGAUUCGGUGACUGUUUAUCGAGUUAAAGAUCACUUAGACAUCAGUUGUGGUCCAUUGAUUGCCAACACAUCGCAAGUCGGAUCCAUUCAUGUAACAGCUGUUCAUCAAAUAGCCAGUCAUUUGGGAUCAAUCUAUCGAUUUCAGGGCAUAUCUGUUCCCAAACAGCUAAACAUCAAUUCGUAUACAUUUUCAAUACUUCGCGAAAGAGCUGCCAAACGAAAUGCAUCCAAAUUUAUGGACAUUUCUGACACAAAAGAUAGUCAACAAAUCAGUGAACAAAAGUCACAACAAAACGAUUCAAAAGUUAGACAAAGUGUUAACCAAUAG